CAUGGUUUCCCUCAAAUUGGAUCAUUGUGUAAAUGAACUCUGGUUUCAAUUACUUUCGUUUUGCGAACGGUUCCACUCCUGACGACGCAUCACCAGGAGUUCAGCCCCGCAAAGGCAACGUUCGACAUGGCAGAUCUAGCCACUGGGGGGCCCCUAGAGGAGGGUGAAUCUAUUACAAUUCCACCAAAGACAAGGAAAAGGACAAAGACAGGAUGCUUAACUUGCAGGAAGAGGCGAAUCAGAUGCGGCGAAGAAAGACCUGUUUGUUGCAACUGCAUUAGAGCAAAAAGACAGUGCGAGGGAUACAAUCAGCGGGUAACGUUCAAAUCACCGACAGGGAAUUGGUCAAAAAUGCCUGGAGUGGUCAGCUGGUUGCCGUAUCAUAGUCCUCACACCCUAAGCCAGAGUUGGAAUACGCUACCAUUCAUACAAAAGCUGCCGCUGACCUCCGACUUUUCUAACGGCGAAUUUGGUUCAACCCUUGAUUCAGAUUUUCCCUCCGCUUUCUCCGCACCAAAUCCGACCGAGCCAGCAUAUGUACAUUCACAGCAUCUCUCCCCUUCUGAGCCUGAAUUCCCCCAAGAUUGGGGCCAGGUGGAACAACAGCCACUUGCGCCAAAUUUCAAUCAAACCAUUAUAGAUGAAGGGUGCUUUGAGGGGUCUCAACCAAGUACCAACAAUUCUCGACCUUUUUUUGUUGGCGACGGGACUGCAUUUGAGUAUCUUGACGAUGAUUACUUUGAUCUGGAAUCAGACGAAGACUCAGCUAUUUGCCUCACAGAAGACGACACUUCGCCAUACAAAUUCGCCUUUGUAGAGACCUUGAAUCGAUUCAAUAGGCAUGAACGCAAUGCAAUCUAUUACGAUGGCACGCUGGAUCUCUACCGGCCGCAGCAUACCGCAAAUCCUAUCAAGGACGCGAACGUGGCCCAACUUUUCUCGUUCUUUGUGAACGUUACUGGACCUAGCCUCGCUUCCUUCGGAAUGGAUUAUGGGAACAAUUUUUGGACAGUCACUCUUCCGACGAUGGGCUUAAACAAUCUAGGAUUGUUACAUGCUAUACUUGCACUCUCGUCAUUGCAACUCGCGAAUCUCCACCGCUCUUCAAAAACACCUUCCUACAAGCAUUAUGCCUAUUCUCUCAAACGAAUCCACCGCGCAGUCGGUAACCCAAAAACUCGGGUUUUACCUGGCACAUUAGCAACGAGCCUGCUAUUGGCCUUGUAUGAGCUAAUGACUGGGGAUCACACUAAAUGGAAAGCACACCUAAUGGGGACGCACCUUAUUCUCCUUGAAAUAAAUUUCAAGGGAAUGUCGGAAGCUUACAGCACAGGACAACUAUCUACCGGGCACCGCCUUCCAAACUAUGACCUCCUUUACUCUCUGACCGGUUUAAGGCAAUACCAAGAUCGCAUGCGCCAAAAUCUAAGUCAUCCCGCAUACAAGGAUUUUACGAAUACGGAUCUGGAUUUAUUCGAGAUAUAUUUGAAUCUGUUCUGGUCGUACGUAAAGCAGGAUAUAUAUCAUAGUAUUUUUAAGUGUGAAGACCUCAUUUUAGAUUACGAGAGGUGGUCAGACUGGCCUCCUCGAACAGCAAGCCAUGCUAGCUCUUCUAAUGCACUUUCGAGCGCCCUUGAUCAUCUCUAUCUUAUCCUAGCGAGGACUGUUCAAUUUGCUGCGAAAGACCACAGAAGGAAGCAGGCAGUUGCCAAGUCCAACGGCCGCGAAUGGAUACUAUUGGCUCCUCCCACACCUAGCAGCCUCAAAGAAGUUCUAACGAAAGAGGAUCAGCCAUCUGGGUUAAGGGCCGACACCAAAGACGCAGAAAUAUCGCGUAGACUAGAAUAUGGCAAAGCCUAUGUAGAAUGGGCGCAGAUUGAAAGAGCAUUGGAGAUUUUUAAAGGCAGCCUGGGUCACGAAUUCGAACCUUCAUUGCCAUCAUGUGCACCAAAUGCUAGAGCCACCACUGCAGAAUCUCCAUUUGGCGAUCUCAUUUUCUAUGAAACACCGGGUAUCGCACAUUUGCAGGCCCUCAUUCACAUGACCCAAAUUAUGAUACUGCGGAAUCAUCCAGACACUCCGCUUGGAGAGCUUGACGCCUUGUCCUCCUGUAAAUCACGUACAAUGCAGGAUGCACUCAAAAUUGGACGGAUACUUGCAGGGACUGGGCUACCUGCUAUUCAAGCAGCAUCGAUUGGAAAUGUCAUGCCUCUUUUAAUAGCUGGGUUGGUGUAUGACAACAAAGAGCAGAGGACCUGGACAGUUCGAUCUCUGAAAUCAGUGGCAGAAUGUACCGGCUGGGAUUUUGCCGGACAGGCUUUGGUUGCCGUUCAAGACUUAUGGAAUCAAAAGGCAGAAGCUGGACGCGGUCCGGAAUGGCACAGAAAUGCUCACAGUGACACGGGACUCACCACUGAUUGCAAUACCGCAACACCGAGACCUUGUGACAAUAUAGGAGUGGUUCAAGAGCGCGUACCGGAGAUAAUAGCUCAUCGGGUUCCUGGUACACUUAUAAAGGAAGUCGUACAUGCUGGUCUGCAGCAUUCAUGGGGCCAUUCACCGCAAGACUUCCGUCAAAAAGCAGUGUUUGACUUGAGAUCUAUUUCAACUCGCGAACAUGGCGUGAAAGCAGAAGAUGUGUCAGAUUCGGACUCAGGUAUCAAAGAUGUCCAAUUUGAGUGGACGAAUGAAAAAAUCGAAGACGAAGGUGUGAAACCAAGGCCCAACCCCACUACUGUUGGCCCCAUCACCAACCUUCAUAUUCGGAGAGAGAGGCCUUGUGAUGCCUGCCGGAGAAGAAAGAGUCUCUGUGUAAUACAAGACGGUUCUGUCUUGUGUGUGUUGUGUGAGUUCCACAAGGAAGAGUGUACUUCCAGCCUAUUGCCUAGGAAGCAAAAUAUCGCCGGAUUUGAAAGCAGCGACCCUACACCAGCCGAAAUUGAAAUUGGAAAAUUAGAGGAUACCCUCAUAAGUAUGGAAAAUUCCGGUGAAUCCAUCGGCAUUAAUCUUCCUUCACGAGUUCAUCAAGUUAACAGCCCCAAAGAUGAACGAUCGCCGCACUCGGACACAAUGUUGAGUGACCAAAGUUCUAUUGAAAGCGAGUUCUCUGCAAGCACCGAGACCGCUGAUGAAUUAUCUUCACUUCAAAUGGAAAGGUGUAGGGUGGUUGACAGGGUUAUGGUCUACUUCCACUCGAUCUUUCGGGCUAUGCCAACGGUUACUUGUCGGGGGAACGAAAGUAGAUCAUCUAGGACCACCAAUGACGCAUCUUCUGGCAGCAACGCAUGUGCUCCAGGCUCUAGCCAUCCUUCUAAUACUACGCUUGGGAAACGUGCCCGAAUAGACGAGGACGAGAACUUAUCUGAACCCGACGGAAAUCCGUCCAAACGGCCAAAGAACCCCAGUGGCAGAAUUUCGGCUGAGCCUAACAACAACAGGCGCAAGUUUGCAUGCCCCUAUUUCAAACGAAAUUUUGAGAAGUAUCUGGAGCGGAGAUCUUGUGUUGGACCAGGAUGGGAUGAAGUUCGACGUGUCAAGGAACAUCUUUACCGCAACCACACACUGCCAAUAUUCUGCCCUCGCUGCUACGCCACGUUCAAAGUGCAAGCCCUUCUACAUGAACACCAGCGCGCAGACGAGCGUUGUCCAAAACGACAUGAGGUGGCUAUUGAGGGAUUCGAUAAGCUCCAGGAGAAGAGACUCAGAAGUAGAAAAAGGGUCCAGCCUGAGGUCAGUGAAGAGGAUAAAUGGAGGGAGAUGUACCGAAUCCUGUUUCCGGACGACGAUGACAUGCUGAUGCCUUCGCCAUAUAUGGAAUGCGACUGGGAGAAGAUCUAUCAGAGAUCAAAGCCAAUUUCGAAUGAGCUAGAGCGAUACGAACACUUCCUUCGCAGAGAGCUUCCGCCUGCUGUACGACGGGAAUUGGAGAUCGCUGUAGAGAAGGAGUUUAGCCCUUUAGAAGAGCGCUUGAAAUGUCAGUUGAUCGAAAUCGUCCGCGACCUUCAGCUUCGGCUGUUCCAAUCGUAUACGCAAUCUCGAGACGCUCCAGUUGGCACACAUGAAGAAAAGGCAGUUCCGAAUUCAAGCGACACGGAACUAGCCCCCGAAGUUGAAGCCUCUGGAUUAUUACCAGAGACCAGCAUGCAGCCACCCAGCGUAGACUCGGCUGACACACUAGAGAAUCAACUUGCACCAUUCGAGCCUGUCCCACCAUGGAAGGAUGCGCUCGCCUUUGAUCCCAUACUUUUCCAGUUCCACGGGGAAGAUUUCGAAGACUCGGCAUAUGGCUCCCUAUUUGACACAUUUGCUGAGUCGGGAUGCGCCAAUGAAGCGUGUGACGAUGCAUCCGGGUUCUACUCCAAUCCUGUAAAUGAAAACGGAGAAGGUCCGUCUAACAGAGGAGGAUGAAACAAUCCCUUGCUAAACUCCAGGAAUUUUCUUUAUCCUUCCUGUGAGUCCCCGGUCAAGAAAGACUGCUUGUAUUCUGAUCUGCAUACUAUUGCUCAUAGAAAGAUUGGUUCGGGCGAUGGGAAGGACGGAUAUGAUUGCGUACAUCCACAUCUAGUUUCAAGGGAGGGCUUGUCAUAUUUCUCGGUGUCCAGAUAAACUUCCGGGGACAAUCUCAAUGCAACCUUGUUAAAGGUUCAGGCGAAAGAUCGCCAUCUUGGCCGGGAGCACAAGCUUUCUCCCCAAAGCUUGAACGCGCGUCCACAUGCGCCGUGUCCUCAGCACCCCAAUAUUAUCAAAAAAGCCAUCUAGGUUCUUCGAUAUAGCCACUCCUGGAAUUGGAAGAUGAAUAUCCGACAUCUUGUAGCU